CCACCACGCUCACGACGCGUAAAUCCCGAUCGAACAGUCACAGCGCAGCAAGACUGCACUCCUUAGGAAUUACACUCAACACGUCAAAUCAAAGUUCUAUAAAUUCCACAAAACCGCAACACCGACUCAUCCAUCCUGGAAAUCUACCAGAUUCCUGAUUCUUUGCUUCUCUCCAGCUGCUCUUCAUUUCUUUGCAUCCGAUUAUCCAGAGCCUGCCAUCAGCACCGGGACCUUCCAGAUUCAACCGAAAAGGUAUUUUACAUCAGCAUUGUAGAUAAUCUAGACAUGGAUGACAAAACUACAAUACCUGUUGAAGCCAAGACCGAGGAUAAAAGCCCAGGUGGGGCGGAGCAAGAGAAGAGUGAGAUAAAACUUGAGGUGAAGAACAAACAUAAGGAUGGAGAGAAAUUGAAGAAAAAAAAUAAAGAUAAAGAGGAGGAGGGGGAAGAUGGUGGUGGUGGUGGUGAAGAGAAGAAAAAGAAUAAGGACAAGAAGAAAAAAGAAAAGAAGGAAAAAGAUGAAGAAAUUGACGCGGAGAAAGAUAAGGGUAGAGAAGACGAAGAUGAGGAUGGUGAAGAGAUCAAGAAGGAGAAGAAGGAAAAGGAAAAGAAGGUCGAAGAAAAAUACAGAGAGAAGGAGAAGGGAGAGGACAAUAAAUGUGACGAUGGUAUAGACAAGAAGAAAAAGAAGGAUAAAGAUAAGAAUGACAAGGAGAAGAAAAAGGAAAAGAAGGACAAGGAUGAAGAAACAGACAGGAUAGAGGAGAAGGGAAAAGAUAAUGAAGGCGAGGAUAAGGGAGCCAUUAAGAAAAAGAAGAGUGAGGAUAAGAAGAAAGAGGAGAAGAAACACAAGGAUGAAAAGUUCGAGAAAGACGAGGGAAAAAAUGAAGGUGAGGAUGAUGAAGAGAAGAAGAAGAAGAAGAAGAAGGACAAGGAUAAGGAGAGAAAGAAAAAGAAGGAUGUGGAUUUUGAGAAGGACGAAGGAGAAAAUGAUGGUGGGGAGGAUGGUGAGGAGGAGGAGGAGGAGGAGAAGGACAAGGAUAAGAAGAAAAAGGAGAAGAAGGAUGAGGGCGAAGAGGAUGAGAAGGAGGGCAAGAAAAAGGCCAAGAAGGAGAAGAAACCAGAAGAUAAAGAGGAUAAACAGGAUAGCAAGGGUGAUUAUGCAGCGAGGGAGAUUCAAGUGAAAGAAACUGUGAAGGAAGGUGAAGAGGAGGAGGAGGAGGGGGAAGAUGGAGAAAAAGAUGAUGGGAAGCAAGUCAAAAAGGAGGAGAAGAAAAAAGAAGACAAGGACAAAUGCGGGAAGAAGAGAAAAGUGGGUGUGAAGGGUAAGAUCAAUGAUGUCAACAAACUAAAGCAAAAGCUGGAAAAAAUUAAUGCCAAAUUAGAAGCCCUCCUCCGAAAAAAGGCAGACAUAGAAAGUCAGAUAAAUGGAGCAGAAAAUGAGGAUCAUGUAGCUGUUGAGAAGGUGAAGGACGCAGAACAGUAGCUGCUCAGAAUAUACUUGUACAGUAUUACUACCUUGCAUCAUGCUAAGUAAAUAUUAAAUAACGACCCCCCCCCCCCUUUCUUCCUCUCCUCCUUUUUUUGUAAAAGUAAACAAUGAGCCUUUGUAUGCGAAUGACACAACUCUGCGUGCAUGUUCCAGGGUU